CAAGAAAUUGUGCGGAUAUUAUUUACGUCAACUAGUUUUCAUAAAAUUUUCACAAUUGGAAACAAUAAAUGGGGAAAGUGUGAAAAUUAUUUAGAAAAUUGUUAAAUAUGUAGAAAGUAAUGUUAAUUUUAAAUUUGCUUACAAGCAGGCAUUAAAUUGCAAUAACGAAAACUUAUAUGUUCAGUAAAAAAUCAAUUGAAAGGAAAGCUAGGUGUGGUCGUGUUAACAAUAAUUGAGGGAUAUUACAAGCGAACGAACAUUUCUCUGCUGCGAUAAAGAUGGCACGUCCUAUCUAUCCUAAUCAGUCAAAAAUUGCUGAAAAAUUGAUAAUUUUAAACGAUAGAGGUCUGGGCAUAUUAACUCGUGUUUACAACAUUAAAAAGGCUUGCGGCGAUACUAAAUCUAAGCCUGGUUUUUUAUCGGAAAAAUCCUUGGAGUCGUCCAUUAAGUUUAUAAUAAAGCGAUUUCCCAAUAUCGAUGUAAAGGGCCUCAAUGCUAUAGUGAAUAUAAAGGCUGAAAUCAUUAAAUCACUCUCCUUAUAUUAUCACACGUUUGUGGAUUUGCUGGAUUUUAAAGAUAACGUAUGCGAGCUAUUAACCACAAUGGAUGCCUGUCAAAUCCAUUUGGAUAUAACACUGAAUUUUGAGUUAACCAAAAACUACUUAGACUUAGUGGUUACCUAUGUGUCAUUGAUGAUUCUUUUAUCACGUGUAGAGGAUCGUAAGGCAGUAUUAGGUCUAUAUAAUGCAGCUUAUGAAUUGCAACAUAAUCAAGCUGACUCUGGCUUUCCUCGUUUGGGACAAAUGAUCCUGGAUUACGAAGUCCCACUAAAAAAGCUAUCUGAGGAAUUCAUACCACAUCAACGUUUACUAACAAAUGCUUUACGCUCACUAAGUACUAUAUAUCCACAUCGGAACUUGCCGGCUGAUAAAUAUCGUGAAACGCAAAAGCUAAGCUUGGUUGGCAAUCCGGCAAAUUUGCUUAAAGCUGUACGCACUGAUACUAUGUCGUGUGAAUACCUCUCACUUGAGACAAUGGAUCGUUGGAUAAUAUUUGGAUUGCUACUGAAUUACCAAAUGUUGGCUCAGUAUGCCGAUGUCAAUAAAAUUUGGCUUUCGGCUUUAGAAUCCAGCUGGGUUAUAGCUCUGUUUCGUGAUGAAGUGUUGCAAAUACAUCAAUACAUACAAAACACCUUCGAUGGAAUUAAGGGGUACAGCAAACGCAUUAAUGAGGUUAAAGAGGCAUACUCAAAUGCAGUACAAAAAGCUUCUCUUAUGCACCGAGAAAGACGCAAGUUUCUACGUACCGCUCUAAAGGAAUUAGCUCUAAUUAUGACGGACCAGCCCGGCUUGUUGGGCCCAAAAGCCAUUUUUAUUUUCAUUGGGUUAUGCUUGGCAAGAGAUGAAAUACUAUGGCUACUGAGACAUAAUGAAAAUCCGCCGUUAUUAAAAAAUAAAGGGAAAAGCAAUGAAGAUCUCGUGGAUCGUCAGUUGCCUGAACUAUUGUUUCAUAUGGAGGAAUUAAGAGCUUUAGUGCGAAAAUAUAGUCAAGUAAUGCAACGAUAUUACGUUCAAUAUCUAUCGGGUUUCGAUUCUACUGAUCUCAACAUACGUAUGCAAAGCUUGCAAAUGUGCCCAGAAGAUGAGAGUGUUAUUUUCUCUUCGCUAUAUAAUACUGCAUCAAAUCUAACAGUAAAACAAGUCGAAGACAACGAGUUAUUUGACUUUAGAGCAUUCCGUUUGGAUUGGUUCCGUUUGCAAACGUACAUGAGUGUCGGCAAAGCCGCAUUACGCGUAACUGACCAUGUGGAAUUAGCUCGCCUACUUGAUUCGAUGGUAUUUCAUACCCGAGUAGUAGACAAUUUGGACGAAGUGCUCGUAGAAACAUCAGACUUGAGCAUUUUUUGCUUCUACAAUAAAAUGUUUGAUGAUCAGUUUCGUAUGUGCUUGGAAUUUCCAGCGCAAAAUCGCUAUAUUAUUGCAUUUCCAUUGAUAUGUAGUCACUUUCAGAAUUGUACGCAUGAAAUGUGUCCAGAAGAACGACAUCAUAUACGCGAACGUUCCCUAAGUGUAGUAAAUAUAUUUCUAGAGGAAAUGGCCAAAGAAGCCAAGAACAUUAUAACCACUAUCUGUGACGGGCAAUGUACAAUGGCCGAUGCUUUAUUACCCAAGCAUUGCGCAAAGAUACUCUCAGUUCAAUCAGCUCGUAAAAAGAAAGACAAAUCAAAGAAGCAAUUCGAUGACAUACGCAAACCCGGUGAUGAAUCGUACCGUAAAACGAGAGAAGAUUUAACGACAAUGGAUAAACUUCAUAUGGCUUUAACAGAACUAUGUUACGCUAUUAAUUACUGCCCUACAGUAAAUGUAUGGGAGUUCGCAUUCGCCCCACGCGAAUAUUUAUGUCAAAAUUUGGAGCAUCGGUUUUCACGGGACUUAGUCGGCAUGGUGAUGUUCAAUCAGGAGACGAUGGAAAUAGCCAAACCUUCGGAAUUAUUGGCAUCAGUUAGAGCCUAUAUGAACGUCUUGCAAACUGUGGAGAAUUAUGUUCAUAUUGAUAUGACUCGGGUUUUUAACAACUGCCUGCUACAACAAACGCAAGCUUUGGAUUCGCAUGGAGAGAAGACAAUAGCCGCUCUUUAUAACACUUGGUAUAGUGAAGUUUUGCUUAGGCGUGUUUCGGCGGGUAAUAUUGUAUUCAGUAAUAAUCAGAAAGCCUUUGUGCCAAUUUCACCCGAAGGCUGGGUUCCAUUCAAUCCACAAGAAUUUUCCGAUUUGAACGAGUUACGUGCGUUGGCUGAAUUAGUGGGACCGUAUGGCAUUAAGUCUUUGAAUGAAACUUUGAUGUGGCAUAUUGCAAAUCAAGUACAGGAAUUGAAAUCACUAGUUGUUGUUAACAAGGAAGUAUUGAUUACCCUACGUACCAGUUUCGAUAAACCAGAAGUAAUGAAAGAACAAUUUAAACGUCUACAAGAUGUUGAUCGAGUUUUGCAACGAAUGACUAUCAUAGGUGUUAUAUUAUGUUUCCGUAAUUUGGUGCAUGAAGCAUUAGUAGAUGUUUUAGAAAAGCGUAUACCUUUUCUGCUGAGUUCGGUGAAAGAUUUCCAAGAACACUUGCCUGGUGGCGAUCAAAUACGUGUGGCGUCUGAAAUGGCUUCAUCAGCUGGUUUAAUGUGCAAAGUCGAUCCGACAUUGGCGGCCACUUUAAAAUCGAAGAAACCUGAAUUUGAUGAAGGUGAGCAUUUAACUGCUUGCUUGUUAAUGGUUUUUGUUGCAGUGUCCAUACCUAAAUUGGCACGCAAUGAGAAUUCGUUUUAUAGAGCCACCAUUGAUGGUCACUCAAAUAACACUCAUUGUAUGGCAGUGGCCAUUAACAACAUUUUUGGAGCGCUAUUUACUAUCUGUGGUCAAAAUGAUAUUGAGGAUCGUAUGAAGGAAUUUUUAGCUCUCGCCAGUUCUUCUUUAUUACGUCUUGGACAAGAAUCGGAUCGGGAGGCGACACGUAAUCGCGAAUCAAUCUACCUACUUCUCGAUGAAAUCGUCAAACAAUCGCCGUUUUUAACGAUGGACUUGCUAGAAUCAUGCUUUCCUUAUGUAUUAAUCCGAAACGCCUAUCAUGCCGUUUACAAGCAGGAGCAAAAUUUAAAUUAAUCAGUAAAAAUACUUUUUUUUUUAGAUUUUUUUAUUUACAUAAGCGAAAAAUGCAUUUUUUUUUUUAAGUGUUUUAAGUUAAAAGUACACAAAGUAUUCGUUUCCACUUUUUAAUUAUCAUAUAUACAUAUACAUGGAUAUACUAAA